UGUCGCAGUCUAAUAGAGGCUGGGAGGGAUGUGACGCUCUGCCGGCGCAGGUCCUCCGUUGAGCAGAAGGGCUUUCCCUUCCUCUUCCACCUCCGUUUCGUGGAGAAUGGGACAAACCCGGAACUCUGGCCUGAGAGCAGUUCAGGCGGUGAAAGCGUUGCUCAUCCUCUUCUCACAGCAACGGCGCGGAGAAGGAGCCCAAUGGAGCUCACGGAGGUCGACUUGGGCGACGACAGGGAGGGCGCUGGAGCAGAAACGGGCAGAUGCGUUGCGGAGCUGCCUGCUCGGAGCAGAGUAAGCAGCAACGCGGGCAGCCUGGUGGAGGAGGAAGAGCCGGAGCAGGAGCCCGGCCGGAGCAGAAGGGGCAGCCGCGCCUCCUCUCUGGUGAGUGGGCUGCUAACCGAACUCUACAGCGUGGCGCGCGUUCGCCAUCGCGACAGCGUAGACAGUUCCACGGAGGCGUCCGCCGGCUCCGACGCCUUCCCCGGGGGGAGAGGCAGCAGCGCUGAAUCCCGCGUCCUGCAGGAGCUGCAGCUGAACUCGGGUCAGCGGCACCAGAGGAAGUACCUGGCUCAGAAAGAUAUUAGUGAACUGACAACAGUAAUACGGGAGUUGAAUUAUAGAAUUUGUGUUCAGUCAGCCAAACUGCUUCGCCUUCUGAAACAAAAGGACAGACUUUUACAUAAAGUCCAGAGGAACUGUGAUAUUGUAACAGCCUGUUUACAGGCCGUUUCCCCCAAACGACGAGUGGACACAAAGUUGAAGUUUACACUUGAGCCAUCAUUAGGUCAGAAUGGUUUUCAACAGUGGCAUGAUGCUCUCAAAGCAGUGGCUAGGCUGUCUACAGGAAUUCCAAAGGACUGGAGAAGAAAGGUUUGGCUCACUUUGGCAGAUCACUAUUUAAAGAGUAUAGCGAUUGACUGGGAUAAAACUAUGCGUUUCACUUUCAAUGACCGAAGUAAUCCUGAUGAUGAUUCCAUGGGAAUACAGAUUGUGAAGGAUCUUCAUCGAACUGGAUGCAGUUCUUAUUGUGGCCAAGAGGCAGAACAAGACAGAGUGGUAUUGAAAAGAGUUUUAUUGGCUUAUGCCAGGUGGAAUAAAUCUGUAGGAUAUUGUCAAGGUUUUAACAUCCUUGCUGCUCUCAUCCUGGAAGUAGUAGAAGGCAAUGAGGGAGAUGCAUUAAAAAUAAUGAUUUACUUAAUCGAUAAAGUGCUGCCUGAUAGCUAUUUUGUCAAUAAUCUGAAAGCACUGUCUGUUGACAUGGCAGUAUUCCGAGAUCUUCUGAGAAUGAAGCUUCCUGAGUUGUCCCAGCAUUUGGAUACUCUCCAAAAAGCUGUCAACAAGGAAAGUGGAGGUGGGUAUGAACCUCCACUUACAAAUGUCUUCACUAUGCAGUGGUUCCUGACCCUGUUUGCUACAUGCCUUCCUAACCAUACAGUUUUAAAAAUUUGGGAUUCUGUAUUCUUUGAGGGGUCAGAAAUUAUACUGAGAGUAGCACUGGCUAUUUGGGCAAAACUAGAAGUGCAGGUCAAUUCUUGUGAAACUGCAGAUGACUUCUAUGGCACCAUGGGAAAAUUAACACAGGAGAUGCUGGAAGAUAAACUAAUUGAUAGUAAUGAACUCAUGCAGAUGGUUUAUUCUAUGGCCCAGUUCCCCUUCCCUCAACUAUCUGAAUUAAGGGAGAAAUAUACAUACAACAUUACACCAUUUCCUGCUACGGUCAAAUCAACUGCAAGCCGACUGGGAAAAAUAAAAGACAGUGAUGAGGAAAAUGAAAUAGACGAUGAAGACUCCAUAGCAAAUGUUAUUGGAUGUCUUGGACCAUUUAGUGGAUUUUUGGCUCCAGAACUACAGAAGUAUCAAAAGCAUUUCAAAGACCAUAAUCAAGAGCAAAGUUUAGGCUCCAGCAACAUUGCAGAACUAAGUCCUGGUGCAAUAAAUGCUUGUCGAAGUGAAUAUCAUGCAGCUUUUAACAGUAUGAUGAUGGAACGUAUGACCACUGAUAUCAAUGCAUUGAAAAGACAGUAUUCUCGGAUAAAAAAGAAGCAGCAACAGCAGGUUCAUCAUGUGUACAUCACAGCAGGGUAUGAAGAUGAUGACCUUGGGAUAGUUUUAGAUCCCAGGGACCAGCUGAAUAAUGAUAAAGGUCCAGUUACCAGUCUUAUGCCUUCUCAGGUGAAUCAUUCUCCAGUAAUCAAUCAUCUUCUGCUAGGGAAGAAGAUCAAACAAACCAGCAAGUCUGCCAAAAACAGUGUUCCAAGCCACACUGGGGGAAAGUUGUUACCAGGUCCACAUGAAGAUAUUAAAGCAAAGCUAAAUUCUCCAUGGCGCACUCACAUGAGAGUACACCGAAAGAACAUAGCGCGAGCCAAAGGCCAUCUGGGCUAUGGAGAUACAAUAGGACUAAUAGAGGAGCAGAGUGAACGUGGGAAAACUAGCAGUAUUAAUACAAAAGAUGAAACUGCAAAUAAAUUUAAAACUAUGGAAGGUGAUGGGAACAUUUCAAUAGAUGGACAAUCUCCUGAACCAACUUAUAAAGAUAACAAUUCCAGUGUCUAUGUAUCAGAGGUCCAGCAGAAGUUGGAAAUCUUGGAACUUACACAGAAUAGUGGAGAUGGUACUGAAGAUGAAACACACAGUUCUGCGUUGCCAAGUUUAGCCAAUGACAGUGGAAUAGUGGCAAAAUCCUGCACUCCUAAGCCACAUGUCUUUUGCCCUUUCCCUAGUGUCAAACCACUCAGAAAAUCAGCUGCAGCCAGAAAUCUCGGAUUGUAUGGCCCAAAUGAAAGAACCCCAACUGUACACUUCCCACAGAUGAGUAGGAGUUUUAAUAAGCCUACAAAUGGUAACAGUGGGUCUAAAAAACGAUGAUAUGUAAAACAACCGGCACUUCAUUAGUAUAAUUGUUGUAUACCAUUAUUGUAGGUUUUAUUAUGCUUUAUGCUUCCAAAGGGAUUUCUAAUUAAUUUGGAAUAAUGAAGAGACACCACUUAUGUAUAUAUUAUACAAAAAUAAUUGGUUUUUUUUUGAAAAUGUAGAACUACAUAGUGGCAUAAUUCUUGUUCACAUUAAAAAUUGUCUUGCAGCAUGAGAAAUGUUUGCCAUAGAAAAGAACUUUAGAAAGUUUAAUUUUAAACCAUUCAGUCAAGAAUUCUCAAAUACUUGAAGGGCAAUUUUUAACUUUAUUCACAUCCAAAAAUGUUACCAAGACUUCCAAUGACUUACUAACAGACAUCCUUAUCAACUUAGAAGAAAAGUACUUGUCAUCUGUAUUCUAAAGCCUAAUAUAUUUAAGCAUCUGCAUUUUCAGUUUUUUACCAUUGCUAAUUUUUUUACAUAAUUUUAUCAGGCUAAGAGAGAUGUUAACACACUGUAUUUUUUACUUAUCCUGGGUGACUAAUUAUUUUUAGUAAGUCACAAUGAGUGUAGGAAGACAUUUUUACAUCUGGUUCUUUUUAUCAUUACUGUUUUCAGCAGCAGUUGCUGUUACAACUAAUGUUCUUGGCCUAAUCCUAGAUUACUUAAAUUUAAAUUAAGGGAACUUAUUCCCAGAUAAGUGAAUAAAAGGAUACCUGACAACCAACCAAUCUUCCUUAAGUCAGAUUCAGUGUAAUGCUUUCCCUAAUGUGUCAGCUUGCCAGUUAAGCGAAGUCAUGUUUGUGUCUGUGUACUUUUUAAAGUACUUUUGGCAGCUAAGGGUUUUAACCAGUUUUUUCCAUACAUUGCUACUUCUGUCCACACUUGUAGUGAAAUGAUUAUUUGAUUCAAAUGCAUGAAGAGUUUGAAUCUGGUGUAGACAUUGAAGUAUAAAACAGAAUGAGGAACCUGUGUCUUUUUACUAAAAUGCGGUUCCAACAGUCUCAUUAUUAGCUACCGUAUGUUGCUCUGAAGUAGCAAGAAAAGGAGCUUUUUAGAUGUUUCUGAACUACAAGUUCUCAGCUCAUGAUAUAAAGACUGUUAAAAUGCUUAAGUCUGGCAAGUAUUAUAAAAUGUGGGAUUUUUUCCUUGUUGACAUUUUUAAAACAAAACUUUUUAUUUUUAGUGCUAAUUGAUCAGAAGUGUGUAGAUAGACAAUCACAGAAAAGUUUUCUAUGCUGCCCAAAAUACAGGCAGUCCUCAACUUACAACAGCUUAUUUAGUGACCAUUCAAAGUUACAACAGUCCUGAAAAAUGUGAUUUAUGACCAUUUUUCAUAGUUACGACCUUUGCAGUAUCCCCAUGGUCAUGUGAUCAAAAUUCAGAUGCUUGGCAACUGGUUCAUAUUUAUGAGCGUUGCUGUUUUCCAAGGUCAUGGGAUCACCUUUUACAACCUUCUGAUAAGCAAAGUCAAUGGGGAAGCCAGAUUCACUUAUUGUUGCUAACUUAUCAACUGCAUUGAUUCACUUAACUGUGGCAAGAAAGGUUGUAAAAUGGAGGGAAAAAAUCAACAAAAGUCUCACUUAACGAAUUUUGGGCUCAAUUGUCAUAAGUCAAGGACCACCUGUACUCAAUUUUUGGUCUGGUGAAAGGUAAGAUAGGGAGACUAUUUUAGAAAAAUAGUACAUAGAAAAUAUUCUGUUUUGUCCCUUGAGUACACUAUGCAAAACAUUUGUAUUUCUAACUACUUAAAAUUUGCAGUAAAGCAAAUAAAUUAAUAGCAACAUGCUGGAAGAGUUAUCUUUCUGAAACACUUUGUAUGAGUUAAAUAAGAACAUUAGAAACUUACCUCAUAAAAUAGUUCUUGGGACAGAAUAUUUGUGGACUGUUAAUGCAAUCAAAAUAAUAAGUGCUGUAAUUAUUUAAUAAUAAUGAAACACAGUUGGUAAUAGAUGUAAGUCUUCAGCCUAAGAGUACAAACAGAAGAAAAAGAAUGAUGAUUCAGCCCUACAGGUUGGUCAGAUGCAAAAGGUGUCCUAGUCUGUGUCUUCCUCAACAAUUGAAUAUAUCUUAGAAUAAGCACUAGGUUACUUUACAGUUAACAGAUUAAAGGAUUAUUGUUAACCAUCACAUUAUACAGGAUAAGAGAAUCCUUAAGGCAUCUGUAUAAUAGUUAUUAUGAUUAUGAAUGCAUUUAAGUUUUAUAUUCUAUUUAUAUUCUAAAUUCAGAUAAGCAUACCCAGUCUAAUAAAAAAAACUAAUUAAAAAGAGAA